CACGUGACUACGUCUCGGCCGAACGCACAACAAACGUCGGCAUCGCUCCCGGCUUUAAUCUGUCGCGCGUUUGCGCCUUCGCCUCGGGCUUAGAUUCACCGUCGAGGAGAGUUGCGUGUGGUUUUUAUUUUAUUUUAAACCACUCGCGUUUUGUGACGAUUAAAAAAGUGAAAGUCCCGUCGCUGUUUUAGAGUAGGCCGCGCUUGAAGCCUCGGCCUGGCCUAGUUUCCCUGCGGACUCUGGGUGACCCCCGUGCCCGGCGGAGAUGCAGCCCGCGGAGUCGCCUUGAGCGGCUUAAAGCGAUGUUUUAAAUACAUUUAAUACGGCUGUUAUGUGCGCAGCUUGUGUCUAGCCGAGAAAUAACUGCAAUAAUGGACGAAGCCGAGCUCGAAAGGCUUGCCAGGGAAGAGAUUCUACAAGAAGCAAAUCGGGGCAGAGUGCGAGCAGAGACUAUGGGAACUAUGGGCUGGCAAAAGUGCCCCCUGCCUGCCACCAACAAGCGCUUCUUGGUGAACACGCUGCGCGGUGCACUGAUGCCCCCACGCAGCCGGGUAGCUUCCUCGUCAAGAGACCACGCCAGUCGUGAAGACACUUCCAGCCCACCUUCAAAAAGCCCUGUGCAGGGACACAAAGAGGAGAGCCAUGAUGACGGAGCAAAAGAGAAACAUUUAAAGGAGAAGACCAGGAGAAGGUAUGGUUUUAAGCCAUACCAGAAGCCCGGGGAGACACAUCAUAGCGGCUCAAUGAAGGAGAAAAUGUAUGAGCACAAUGGCACUGAUAAAGUGAUGCAGACCAGCAAAGGCGAGUUUCGUAAAGAACGGUAGUGCCGUGCUGUUUGAUUACUGCAUCACCCAUGCUGUUACUGCAUGCACUGCACUGCUGCACUGUGCUUUGUGGCUACAAACUGUUCAUGUUACCAAUAUCAUUUGAUGUGACCUUUCUUUAACUGAGGGAAUAUCCUUUUGGCAACUUUGACCUCACCUCAGGACUUAACACAGGGUUUGCACAAUGUGAUUAUCAAACUGAUAAAUGGCAAUACGGUAUAUUAAGUUUAAAUGCGCUUAUUCCUAUAAGAGGUGCCAUGGCACAGUGGUUCGCAUACUUUGCUAUGAUCCUAGAAAUACGAGUUCAGUUUCCUGCCACAGCUAAUAUCAAUGCUGUGUGAUAUCUGAAUUGGUUCUGGUUCCUGUCCGAUCACGAAUUUGAAUGAACGAACAUGGUGAAAGAUGGUAAAACAACCCCCAUGAUCGACACGGCAUGGGGAAGCCUUCAUCUGGCAGUGGAUUGACAAAGGACUGUGAAUAAUUUCUAAUAUUCCUAUGAAUUAAUGUCAUAUUAUCUUGAUUCAUUGAUUAAUGGUGUCUACCAACAAUUGUACUUACAUUUUACAAACAUAGGAAAAGCAAUACAAAAAGCAAUAUGAACAUUCAAACCAUGAAUGGGUCCAACGAUGUUUGUGAAAUGUUCGUGGCAUUCUCAUGCCAUGAGGCAACCCAACAGCAUUUUAUUUUGACCGGCCACUAUGCUGUUGGGAUCAGAAAGUCAAAUCAGAUGGCCCUGCAGGUUGAUGAACCCAAUUGUCACUUUAUUCUUACAUGCAACAGCAUACACACGUUUUUGUCUCAGUUGAUAUGAAAACAGUUCUGCUGCACAAGUCUCGUAUGCCUGGUAUAUAAUCUUCCAAUGUCAUUUACUGGUGUAAUACGUAAUGUGUAUAUAACAUAAAAAUGAGGUUGAUCAGAGGUUUAUACCAGUGGUGGGGACCCUUUAUCUUAUGGAGAGCUGAGUAAGACUUUCUAAUUCCUUUCGCCGGUGGCACAUUAACACACUUCAGUCACUUCUGUUGCUGUAAGAGGCCCUUGAGGUAAGAGAAGUGACUUAAGUGCACUAAAAUUAGAAACACUGUUGCCAGGUUGAAAAUAUUUUGCACGAGUAUCGAUUUAUGUGGCUAAUAUGCUUGCACAAAUAUCGUCUACAGGCCUCUUCAAAAUGGUACAAGUCGCGUGGCCUCUUGCUGUAGGAAAUUAAGUUGCGGGGCGUAUCCAGUCCAUGGCACGUGGGUUCCCCAUCCCUGGUUCAUGCAUUACAAUUAAGUGUUUCCAGUUAUGACAAUAGUCAAUUACUGUAUGUGACUUUGAAGAUCAUUCCUUAUUAUAGGCAUGUGCACAGUUGUGUGUACGUGCUGUGGGCGACUAAACAGAAUAGAGCUUUGACUCAAACAGAUGCUGUGGAUUGUCUCUUCACUAGAUGGCAGUGCAGCAUAGGCUGUGAACACAAAAUAAAAAAAACCCUUGACUAUACUGCCCCAAGGAAACUCUUUUAUGUAAAGCAUGUAAGUGCCACUUGAAUUGCUAGCGUAGUGUGUUUCUGUUAACAAACAUGUAUUAAUGUUUGUUAGUCGCCUAUGCCAACCUUUUAGUCUUAAUUGUAAAUAUAUUCUUCGAGUUUGUUUGGAUACUCAUGUUGAUAUUGCAGUAAUGUGUAUGUUGAAAGUGUGGAGUAUUUAUUGCCUUACCUUAUCACUGGAACACAUGUAAAAAAUGUUAACGUAAUAAAUCCGUUGCCUUCCUGGUUGAGAGGCUUGCCAUUCAUGAGACGGUGCGA